CCCAGCAAGACUUUCUUUUCUUGUGGCAAUCGAGAAAACAACGCAGACAUCAUUACUUGUGAUGAGGUCGGUCCAAUUCCUCUUCAACAUUAUUGCCUAAGCCAGUGCCUAAAAUUCACAACCAAAACACGACUAUUCAGAUUGCCCUGUUCUCUUCUUUUCUCUCUCCCAACCUCCUUCUGUUACCGCAGUAGACCAGCGGCUCACCCCGCUGCCCACCACCCCAUCCAUCCUCAGAGCCCCAGAAUACACUAAUCCGUUAUCCACGUCCGUCCCCGUGCUCGUCUGGUUCGGUGUUAUCCACCGAAAGUGGGAACCCCGGGUGCAACUAAAAGCGCGAGUCCGUGGGCUGUUACUUACCGAGGACAACUCUCACUCACAAGCAUUGAAAUAAACCAAUCUGUUGUGUCACGAUCGGUUGUGAUAAGCCUCGACUACUCGAAUUCGAAUACGUGUUCUCACUUGUCUGAAAGGAUCACCAUGGUCACCCUCGAUCUGCCCGAGACACCGGUGCCGGUCUGGCUGGACUGCGACCCUGGUCACGAUGACACAUUCGCCAUUCUCCUUGCUGCCUACCACCCAACCAUCAAGCUGCUGGGCCUUUCAACCGUAUUCGGAAACGCUCCCUUAGUAAAAACAACCAAUAACGCCACUUCCAUCCUCACAGCCAUCGGCAAGCACAAUGACGUCCCCGUCUACGUCGGCGCCGCCAAGCCCAUGGCCCGCCCACCAAUGCAGGCCGCCACCGACAUCCACGGCGAGUCCGGCCUCGACGGCACCGACCUGCUCCCGAAGCCCUCCAAGGACGCCGACCGCGCCGUCCCUGCCGUCGACGCCAUGGCCGCCGCCCUCAAGGCCCAGCCCGUCGGCACCGCCUGGCUCGUCGCUACGGGCUCGCUGACCAACGUCGCCCUCCUCUUCCAGAAGCACCCGGACCUCGUCGCCCACAUCAAGGGGCUCAGCAUCAUGGGUGGUGCCAUCGGCGACGGCUUCACCGAUGCCAUCCUUGGCGUCGUUGACGGCGUGAAGCGCAUCGGCAACUGGACCCCCUGGGCCGAGUUCAACAUCAUCAUCGACCCGGAGGCCGCCGCCGCCGUCUUCCACAACAAGGCCCUCGCCGCCAAGACCACCCUCGUGCCGCUGGACCUGUCGCACCAGGUCCUCGCUACCGAGGAGGUGCGGGAACUGCUGCUCUACGGCAAAGAUGGCAGCGAGAAGACGGGCAAGGGCAAGACCACGCUGCGUCAGAUGCUAGUCGAGCUGCUCAUGUUCUUCGCCAAAACGUACAGCGACGUCUUCGGCAUCACCGCCGGCCCGCCGCUACACGACCCGCUCGCCGUGGCCGCCGUGCUUACAGGCACCAAGCACGAGAUCCCCUUCCAUGACUACAACACCAAGAAGGGCAACUGCGUCAAGUACCACGAGCGCUUCGAGGUGACGGUCAUCACCGAGGGCGACCUAGCGGACGCCCAGGCCGGUCGGUCGCAGCUGGGCCGCACUGUCGCGCGGCCGCUGGCCCCCGGAAGCGAGGGCGUGAGGAUACCGCGCGGUCUCGACAUCCCCAUGUUCUGGCGCGUCAUCGAAGAGUGCACGGAGAGGGCGGACCGAGUCAACGCCGGCGAGGUGGCGGGGCUGAAGCAGAACGGGGCGCUGGAGAAUUAAUCAUGUCCAUGUCUCUUGUGUGUCUUACGUGGGGUGGAGGGUUUGGUGUUUCUUCUAUUAUUGGUUAUUGAUAGACAAAAUCCUCAGGAAAAGCUCUUGUCAAUGACCAGGUGCUGGGGAAACCGCACGUAGCUUGAGGUUUUAGGGACUAGGGGUGGUGGUGUUGUCGAGCCAGGAACGGCCGCCCUUCCGGAUUCGCCGUAUAAAAGAUACCGGCCGCCCCUUGGACUCUCAGCCACACAUAACUCUGCCUGCCGUCCGCUCUUCAAAGGAGAAAAGGGACAACGGGAUGGCGAAGGUAUCCCGUCGAUCUAGGUAGACCGCCAUCUUUUUGCCCUCGACAAGAGCAAGUGGUAAUGGCACGGUUUACGGCGCAUGCGCAAGACGGAUAACCAAUAACCUGUCAACGUCCGGGCUGCUUUAUAUGUAUACAAAAAUAGAUAUUGGCAACCUAAGGCCAUUAAAUCCG